CAAUACGAUACUUUAUUGAUUGUCAUCCUUGUACUCCCUGUUUGUUCUGUGGUGAUCACUAAUGACGUCACUUUCCAACAUGGCAGACGACGUCCAGAAAUGAGAGAACUGUUGUUUUUUUCUUUGAAAUUUGGCCAAUAAAUGUAUUCUAUUUGCAUUCCGAGCCAUGUCGUGCACUCUGAGUAUAGAAGCAAGCAUCCAAAAUGUGUCUAGUGUCCGAAAAUUCCUGUUCCCAAGCCUGCUUGAAGAACCGGUGACGAAAAGUCCAGCAGACGAUGGUUGGGAGGAAGACGACUGGGGCUGGGGAGAAGAGUUUACUGAGGAGACUCAGCAACAGAAGAAGAAGAAGGAAGAAGAGGCCAACUCAUGGAUGGAGGACUGCUGCAUCUCUCUGUCUCCCACCAAUGACCUUCUAGCACUGGCAUUUGAGGAUAGGGCUGUGUUCUUAUCACAUAAAUGGGAUUCAGACAAACUGAAGUUCCAGAUGAGUUGGAAAGGACCUGUCAAUCUGGAAGAAGGGGAGUGUGUCACCAGUAUCAUGUGCAUUCCACUUGCAUCCUUGAAAAGAAGCUCCACAGGAGGCCCAGACUGGACGUGUGUUGUAAUGGGGUUCACCUCAGGCUAUAUCAGGAUGUAUACAGAGAAUGGGAACCUUCUGCUGUCCCAACUGCUCCAUGAAGACCCUGUGUUGAAGGUCAAAUGCAGCACUUAUCAGCCAAGAAGACACGCUGGAGCAUCAGAGCAGCUGGAGGAGCUGACCAUUCUUUACCCCAAUGCCCUGGUGACCAUAGAUGGCUUCAGCCUGUACCAAAGCCUCAGAGCCUGUAGGAACCAGGUAGCAAGAGCUGCUGCAGGUGGCAGUGAUGUUCAGCCUCCUCCUCUGGCCUACAAGAAAUGGGGACUGGGGGACCAGGGCAACAUGGUGGACCAUGUCAGCUGUGGUGUGGUGACCCCCAGCCUGUUUGACCAGCUGCAGACUGCCUCCAUCCUGGGUGGAUACGGUGCAACCAUCACCCAGAACCCUCCGCCUGCAGCCAGAUACAUUACCAGCGGCACCAAUCCUUACGUUGCCUUCUUCUUUGCUGUAGAGGGAACUGCACCACCUAUCAUCUCUGAAGUUGCUGCAGCAGUGGCCAGCAAACUGAAGUCAGCUUUGAUCUCAGGUGUUGGAGGAUGGCUUGGAUGGAAAGGAAAGCCACAAGGUGAAGAUCCCAAACAGAAGCCAAAAGUGGAGCCUGCAACUCCUCUUCCACUCAGGUUUGGUCUCCCCGACCUGCGUCGGCAUGGUGACAGCAUUGUCCUGUCGCCUGGUCGUCAGCUGGCGGCCACCACUGACAGCUUUGGGCGAGUCAUUCUGAUUGACACUGACAAGGGUGUGGCCAUCAGGGUAUGGAAAGGUUACAGAGAUGCCCAGGUUGGGUGGGUCAAAGUAACCGAGGACAAGGACCGUGAUGCCAUGGCAACCGACAUGCCUCCCAGAGAAGCACUCUUCCUCAUCAUAUAUGCUCCCAGGAGGGGGAUUCUGGAGGUGUGGGCCAUGCAGCAGGGACCCAGGGUGGCAGCCUUCAAUGUAGGAAAACAGUGCAGACUGCUGUGCCCAGGCUAUACAAUGAUGGGUUUGAACAAUGUGACGUUCUACAGUAACAAACCUCAUACCUACCAGUGCUGCCUGGUGGAACCCUCUGGUGUUGUAAAGAUCAUUAAUGUACCCUUCCAUCUCAUUCUCAGUGGUGCAAAUAGCAAGAGAGCCAGAGAUUUGCACCUGCUGAAGAAGCUGUCCACCAUCCUCAGCACACCCAGCUCACAUGAAGGAGCCCUAGAAAAACAGUUAGUGGACAUCAUUUCAGACAUCAAAAUCGUGGCAUUAAAAAGACAGGGUCUAGAGAAGAUUCUGUCCCAUAAGAUCCUGCCAGCAGAGCUGAUGCAUCAUGUCAUCAGGACUGUGAAGAACAAUAUACAGCAAGCCCUGGAGAAGGAAGACCCAGACUCCAUCGCCCCUGAGAGCAGAGGUCUGCUCCACUUCUGUAAAGUACAGGAGCUGCUGCUGGAUGUGUACAUCACCAUCAGUCAGCUGAACAAGCAGGCGACUCAGGCCAUGGGCAUGGCAGAGAACAAUCCAGAACAGACCUUGGCCGCCACCCUGAGUGUAAGUGUGAGUGAAGCGCUGCAGUACCUCUCAGCCGUCGAUGACUUCAUGAGGGAGUCAGCAGGCAACAGGGUGCACUUCAAGGACCCCAUACACAUGACCCCUGCAGCCUUCCUGUCCUGUUUCAUCUGUCCUUCUCAUCAUGCAGAUGACAAUGCACCUACUGUGUCUUCAUUGAAAGUCCUCAUGAGUUCAGACAUUGAUGAGCAGCUGUCACUUAAACUAGGAACAUUCCUGUUCAAAUGUGGUCUGACGGGAGGUGACUCCAUUAGUGCCCUGUGUACCUGUCUGGAAGGGUCAGGCAUCCCUGCUGCUGACCUCAUGUCAUUACUCCUGAGAGUGUGGCUAAGCAGUGAGACUGAGCUGAUACGCCCAAGAGAUGUGUCACCCGUCAGCAACCUGCACUGCCUCCUGGCAAGCAUCACCAGAACUGCAGAUGCCCAUGCUAUUCAUGCAGAGCCCAACACAGCAUCCCCCUGGUGGCAGAGUGUAAGGGACAUCUGUACUGCGGCUGAAGCACCUGCCAGCGCCCUGAUGGCAGCUGUAGCAGCCAGGAGCGUGGCUGCAUCUGUUGUACCAAACAACAGAAGUGGGAACAAAGAACAGGAAAGUCAAGAAGACAAAGACACAGACCAAGAAGCAAUUUCCUUGAGUUCCCCCACCCCAAGCACCACCAGCACUGACACCAUGGAGGAAUGGGAGACUGUUGCCAUGGAUACAGAACAUUGGAACCUGCUGGUGCGGCAGCUGGAGGAUGUGGUGGUACUGAGCACGCUCCUGAGGAGUAAGGUCAGGGACAGUGUGGAUCGUCCUCCUUCAUAUGCUGAAACCAUGGGGAAGGAACACAAGGUGGUCUCUGUCAAGGGCCUGCUGGAAGGUGGCAGCGGAUCCAUUGCAGCAUUGGUUGCUAACUGGGUGGCAAGAACAGGGAUUCUACCCAGCAUGCUCUCUGUCUCCCAUCAUGCUGAGGGUGAGGAGGAGGAGGCUAUGGAGCUGGGAACAGAUGUGACCUCUGAAGCUGCUCUUCCAGAACUGGAGAGACUAGCUGGCCGUUACCGAAGCCACCUGGAGCGUUUCCCAUACAGCCUGGACCCAGAGGUGCUCCAUGCACACUGUACCUGGGAGUAUGUGGUGCAGUGGAAUAAAGAUCCAGAGGUUGUAGCAUUACUGGAAAGGUCCAUUGAGCAUCUCAAGUUUGUUGGCAAUCCUUAUCUGCAACAUGGUCUGGGCUGCAUGAUGUGGCACACCUUUAUGGUAAAGAGAUUCUCAGCAAGUGCUUUUCUCAUGGAAAAGGUUGGGAAGGCUCCAAAGGAUCGGCUGUGCAGAAAGGAUGUGGGAUUGAGUGAUGCAGCCUUAACUAACUUCCUAGGACAAUGCAACAUCCUCUUACAAGUCAUAUUAGAGGCGGAAGUAGAGUCCCCGUACCCAUUCUUUUCCUCACAGGCAGAGGUGGAGUCUUCCCAUGUGCCCGUGUUUGACAUCGAGGACCUGUGGCAGGCCACGCAGGGCCCCACGUCCAUCGCAGAGCUGGCGGCAGAACAGCGCGUGUCUAACUACCAGCUGCUGCAGCACCACAUGAAGCUGAGCAGUAUCAUGCAUGCUGUCAUGGUCUUCUCACUCAGGACAGUCAAACCGCUGUCAUAUUACUUUGAUACAAAGGGCAAGAAUGCAUUCUUCAAGGAUCUGCACUCCUACCCCCUCCUACCUGGCAGUGACAUUGACAUCGCCAUUACAAGUGCCCGGCAACAGUUCCUGUGUAGAAUAGUGAGUGCAGCAGUUGGAACCCUCCCCACCCCUCCAGCCUAUCUCAGCAUGGAUGAUGGUGCUGUUGCCAUGGAGACAGACAAGGAAAAGGAACUGUUGCAAUCUGACCUUGAUGCCUACCAAACAAUGUCAGACAAUAAGGUUGUGUUGGAGGCCUGUACGUGGGCAGACAGGAUGCUGGAGCUGGGUCAGAGGUUGGAGGUGGAUGUAGACGUGGUCAGGAGACAUUACUGUAACGAGCUGUAUGGCAGGGGCUAUGACUACCUGGGACAGGAGGUGCUAAACUCUGUGAAUGAACGGUGCCAGCUUGGCUGUGACCUGCUCCUGCUGGUGGGGAAGCGUUUGUCCCACCUAAUGUCCACAGCAGAACCCAAGAGAAGUGUUCAGCUCCUGUCCAGACUACCCCCCACCCUGUCCACAUGGCUCAAGCAGCAGAGUCCGUCCGACGUCCAUUUCCCUGAUGUGCCUCUGCUCCUGACUGCCCAGCUGUUGAGCCAGGUGGUCAGCCUUCUGCCAGAGACACACGGACAGUACAGCCUGGCAAUACAACUGGUAGAGUCCAUCGAUAUCAUGAGGGACUGAUAAAGUUUAGUCUAAGUUAUCUUUGUAAAUGAAGGAAACUGUUAGGAAAUGUUAAUGUAUGCAGGUAUUUGUUUGAAUCAGAUAAAUAUUUCUAUCAGUAUCACUUCAUUACUUGUGGAAAUCCUUUUGUUCAAAUUAGAUAUAGAGUAUUUGUACAUGCAAUAAAUAAGUCAUCUCUACCAAGAAGGUAGUUAGUUGAAUGGUUUUAAGAAUGGUUGAAAUGCAUCUGCGCUAUGUUUUAGUGAUAGACCCAUUAUUAGCUCAUACCCAUGGGCUUGUUUUUACAGGAUUAUUCAGUGAGAUAAAAUCAUGUACCAGCAAAGACGAAGUACAUUUGUUAAAAUGUAACACUGCUAAAUCAAUAAGAAGGAAUCAAUAAAUAUCAAGUGUCACUUUAAAGAAUGUAUACCACCAUCUUCCAUACGUUUGAUCCUUAAAAAGGCAGGGUGGCUGUUCCAUGAGGCAUACAUGUAAGACAGUAACAAAGACUUUACUUUUGCCUUUUCAAUUCAUCGAACUGGUUCUGCAGUUAGUUUUCAAAUUGAGCAUAAAACUACAUUUGUAUUUGCAUUAAUGUAGCACUGUGUCAAAUUAUCCCAUCUCAUGGUUCACUCCUGCAACUUCUUUCCAAUGGCCCAAAGAAAGUAGAGAGGUAUUUUGAGACUAUCAAGUCAUACUCUAAAUGAAUAGCUCUGACAAUUUACAGUUAAGCAUUCAGCUUUGGCCAAUCUGAAGUUGUAACUAUCAUGGGAAAUAUUCAAGGCUCAAAUAUUGACUCAGUAGCUACAUGUAUCUUAUGCUAGUAAUCUACCUACAUUGCUAAUACAAAUGUCUAAUAAAAAGAGCACACAAAUA